AUUUGAUUUAUGAGUAGAAACCUAAAAAUUUUUCAAGAUUAUCUUUUAAUAGGGAUUGAAAAGUGUUUUUAGAAGUGAAUUCUCUGCAAUAAGAGCUAAAUUGAUUGAAAUAAUUCAUAUUUUGAUGUGCCCUAGUAGGCAGAAUUUUGAAAUUAUUUGAUGUUUAAAAUACCUUAUGAGGAAAAGGAUGUGCACAAUUACCUAUUUGACAAUUAAAGUGAAGCAAUAUCAUUAUCCAAAAUGUUAUCAAAUAAACCAAUGAAAUUAACUAAAUUUUUAUAAUUCGAAUUUAAAGCUUAUAAGGAAAAAACAUAAUAAUAAAAAUAAGAAAACAUAAUUAAAAUGGCAAAAGCAGCAUAAAAAGGAACAAAAGGAAAAAAAAAUGCAACAGCACCAAGUCAAAUAUAUAAUUUAUAGUAGAAGCUACUAAGAAAGUCAAGAAAGUAACUAAAAAGCCAACUGAUCCUACACCAACUCCAGCUCCAGUUACAACAACUCCAGCUGUACCAGCAACAACAACACCAGUUGCUGCUACUACACCAAAAAAGUAAGUCAAGAAAGCUGCAGCUAAACCAAAGAAUGCUGGUUCUAAAAAAGCUACAUCCAAGAAAAACAAUAAGAAAGCCGCUGCAAAACCAGUUAAGAAAUGAUUAGUUAUUCAAG